UGAAAGUACCUGCUGCAACUCGCUCAGCCUCGCGCUCCGCAUACAGACGCUGAGACAGGAAAGGACCAACGACGAGAGGGAUUGUAGCGGAAUACGCUUCGUGAAGUUUAUUAUUUUUGUUCUUAAACUUCGAGGGUGUACUGACACGAGGCUGUACACACAAAUGGGGACCGCCUGGUUCGUUUGGACGGUUUUGGUGAUUUUUCAGGUCUCACCACUACUGGCUGAAAAGGAGUCAUCAUGUAUUCCUGGAUUUGAGUCAGAUUCGUUGAUAUUUAAAGUGAGCAGAAAGCACCUGAGGCAAGGCACAAGACUGGGCAGAGUUGGCUUCACUGACUGCACCGACCGCACAAGAUUUCUUUUCGGCACUGAUGACAGUCGUUUUGUGGUGCAGACAGACGGUGUAUUAACUGUAAAGAGACCAAUUGUUCUUCAUGAGGGACACCGGGACUUCUUCAUCCACUCAUGGGACUCACAAGGACAUAAAAUGACUGUUCCUGUCAUGGUGCUGCAUCGUGAGCAUCAUCAUAACCACCAUCACAAUGAUGAGCAUCAGCAUGGAGCUCACAAUCACCACAACCAGCAGCUCAAUCUGACUGCAGACACAGAGAGUGCAGCAGAUCCACAAGUGCCCGUCUUGCAUUUCCCCAAGUUGACAAGUGGGCUGAAAAGGAUUAAGAGAGAGUGGGUGAUCCCUCACCUCCAUGUUUCCGAGAACCACAGAGGACCCUAUCCCCUGAAGAUCGCUCCGAUCCGCUCCAAUUUAGACAAAACGAUGAAGAUCUUUUACAGCAUCACUGGUCCAGGAGCUGAUCAGCCUCCGCUUCACCUUUUCACCAUGAACAGAGAUAAUGGAAAUCUGUACGUCACUCAAGAACUCGACAGAGAGAAACAAAACGAGUACAUGUUUCAAGCACAUGCUGUGGCAGAUGGCGCAGUAAUUGCAGAACUACCUAUGGACAUUACAGUGAUUAUAGUUGACCAAAAUGACAACAAACCUGUUUUUGAGAAGUCCACCUACAUCGCACAGGUUCCUGAGGCUUCAAAAAAAAAUUUUGAAGUGAUUCAAGUUGUGGCAAAAGAUGCUGAUGAAGAAAAUACGCAGAACUCUGAUAUCCGCUACCGCAUUUUGAGCCAGAAACCUGAGAUGCCUGAAGUGAACAUGUUUUCCAUCAAUUCAAUCACUGGAUUUAUCUUGGUCAAUGUUGCACGGCUGGAUCGAGAGAAUUACCUUAAGUAUGAGCUGGACGUUUCAGCAGCAGACCUUAUGGGUGAAGGUCUGACUGGAUUUACAAAAGUAAUAAUCAAGGUGACGGACAGCAAUGACCACGCUCCGGUCUUCUCACAGGAUUCUUACACUGCAACAGUUGAAGAAAAUAAAGUGAACGCUUUAGUUGUUCGAAUGUCAGUGACGGACGGUGAUGAAACUCAUACUCCAGCUUGGAAUGCCGUGUUCAAGAUCAUUGAUGGAGAUCCUGGAAACUUUUUUAAUGUAACAACAACAGCAGCUAACAAACAAGAAGGAACCAUUACUACUGUCAAGGGUCUGGACUUUGAGAAAGUCAGCAAAUACACUUUGUUGGUUACCGUGGUGAACGAAAUUGAUUUUGAAGUUCCUCUGCUCACUUCCACGGCUACGGUAAUAGUAACUGUGCUGGACGUCAAUGAACCUCCGAUCUUUGAUCCAAGUGAAAACCCUGUGUCCAAAAUGGAGAACAUUCCUGUUGGCAGUGAGGUGGCGGUGUACACGGCUACCGAUCCAGACACGGCACGCAAACAGAAAGUCAUGUAUAAUAUAAUAAGUGACCCAGCAGGCUGGCUGGAAGUAAAAAAGGACACGGGAUUGAUUACAAUAAAAAACGAAAUGGACCGGGAGUCCGUCUUUGUCAAGGACAACAAAUACACAGCUCUUAUUGGUGCAUUUGAUGAUGAUCCAGUCCCAGCCACAGGAACUGGAACUCUGUUGAUCCUGCUUCAGGAUGUCAACGACAAUGCCCCGAUCAUUGAGGAGCGGGAAUUCACAAUAUGUAACAAAGACCCAGCUCCUCAGCUGCUCACUGUAACAGAUAAAGAUGGACCGGGCUUCACCUCUCCAUACAGCGUCACUUUAAGUGAAGCUGCACAAACUAACUGGACAGCCAAGAUGAACGGCACCAGAACAGGCAUCAUCCUGACUUUAAAAACUGAGCUUGAGCGUGGAGACUACCUUGUAGCCAUGAGUGUUGCAGACAACCAGGGUAAGUCUCAGGUCAACACAAUCACAGCCAAAGUUUGCGACUGCACGGGAGAAGACAAGAACUGCCAGGAUCGUCAAGGUGUUGUUGCUGGCAGUAAUCUGCCGAUCAUCCUGGGAAUACUGGGGGCUAUCCUGCUGCUGCUCUUGUUGGUGCUGCUGAUUCUUUUUGCGAACCGGGGGAAACGAGAAAAAGGAAUUCCUCUACUGCAAGAAGACGAUGACACCAGAGAUAACAUCUAUCACUAUGCUGAAGAGGGAGGUGGAGAGGAAGAUCAGGAUUAUAAUUUGGGUACUCUCCAUCUUGGUCUGGACAAUCGACCCGACGUGUUCAGGAAUGAUGUGGCUCCAGCUUUCAUGCCAGCUCCUCAGUACAGGCCUCGUCCCGCCAACCCAGAUGAAAUUGGCAACUUUAUUGUUGACAACUUGAAGGCAGCCGACAACGACCCCACUGCCCCGCCCUACGACUCCUUGUUGGUGUUUGACUACGAGGGAGGAGGCUCAGAAGCAGGAAGUCUCUCCUCUCUGAACUCAUCGGGCAGUGGAGAUCAGGACUACAACUGUCUCAAUGAAUGGGGCCCCCGCUUCAAGAAACUGGCUGACAUGUACGGAGGAGGAGAGGAUGACGAUAUGCUGUAGACACAUCCUUCAUCCCUCUCCCCCACAAGAAAAACGAGUGCUGUGUGGUCUCUGAAGGCAACCUCCGAGAACGUUUCAGCCAGACAGAAGCUCAGAAGCCAAAGAAUGUUUUUUUACUUUUAUAAUUUCACCUUUAGAAAAGCCUUUCCAGGUUUUCUUUUAAAUGUUUAGGCUGAAGACUUGCUUUGUUUUCACUGUAAUGCAGAGCCACUGUGCAGAAAUUAGUUUUGUCUGUGUACAAUGGGCAAAACACAACUUUUUAUUAAGUACUUUUUCACAUUUGUGCUACUGUUUUUACCAAUUAUGUAUUUUUGUUUUCGCUUAAGAAUAAAUUAGUGACUAGAUGAAAUCCAGUUAAGCAGCCAAUGUCAUGUUACUCUUCAUGUGGCAUUGGCUAUAUGAUUUCAUAUUUUGUAAUACAGUGGGUUUAGCUUCUGUUGAACUGUGUACUGCAUUGUGAAAAACCUUGAGUACAUAUGUUUAUUAAAUCUGACUUUUUUAAAUGA